AUGUCGACUAGCGAUACCUCUCCCAAUGGUCGUAGCCCGGAGCGCGAAACCAUUGCUACCUCUAAAGCAGAUAAAGAGCAGCGCCGUUCGAACAAGCGCAAGGCUUUGUCGCCCUCGCCGAGCGAAGACAAGUCUAGCCAGUCGCCGAAGAGAUCGAGAAUUAGCGACGACGCGAGGGAAGAAGAUGGUAUCGGUACCGCCAAGCCGCUGCCCGCACCAAAGGAGCCUUCUACAGAUCGUCGCGAAAGCGCGCUGCAGGAGGAGAGGAGACGCGGAAAGCGCCUAUUCGGCGGUUUGCUAAACACACUAAGUCAAACUACCUCUAGCUCUCAGCAAAAGAAACGCCAAGAAAUCGAGCGACGACAGCAGGCGAGAGUUCACCAGCAAAGGGCUGAAGAUGAUAAAAACAGGGAAGAAAAGUUGGCGAAAUUAAGAAGCGUACGGCAGUUGGAACAGCUCAAAUUCGACGAGCGAGUAAUGCAAAACAAGCAUGCGAAUAUGCUCGCGACAGCACGCUUUUUGGAAACCAAGAGCACACCUAAGAUAUACUAUUUACCGUGGGAUCUCACAGAAGAGCAAGAAGAUACCAUCAAAGAGCAGACCCGGGAGGCCGAGGACAUCAUCGACAAGGAAGCCCUCGAUUUCAAGCAGCGCAAAGAACAGAGGCUCAAGGCGUUAGGUGUCGCGGUCAACCCGGCUACAUCCGAACCAACCAAGGACACGGCGGAUGAAAAUACUAAUAAAGAACACCCUCCGAACUCUCCACAAUCCAACGAUACCAAUCACCGCCCGCCUUCUCGCGCUGGUAAGGUUGGUCACGAACGGGAGUCUGAUAGGGCCGACGACGUUGUGAUAGAAGAGGUUGAGGACACGGUUAUUUACUGA